AUGACCAUUCAGAGCAACGCGACUUGUCGCUGUGGAUUCAUCCUGCAAGGUCUCUCCAACCAGCCAGAGCACGAGCGCCUCUUCCUCCCCAUCUUCUUCUUCUUAUACCUGAUGAUCCUGCUAGGCAACCUGCUGAUCGUCCUCCUGAUCUACCACAAUGUCCGCCUCUACCAGACCCCCAUGUAUUUCCUCCUCAGCCAUCUCUCCUUGGCUGACGUGGGGUUCUCCUCCUCUACCGUCCCCAAGAUGCUGCAUAAUCUACUGACUCAGACCAAAGACAUAUCUUAUGGUGGGUGCCUGUCUCAGAUGUUCUUCUUCUUGGGCUUUGGGAACACGGAAAGUUUCCUCCUGUCCUCCAUGGCCUACGAUCGCUACGUGGCCAUCUGUCACCCGUUUCGUUACGCCGUUCUGAUGAAUCAGAGGAACUGUCUCCUCUUGGCUUCCGGCUGUUGGCUUUUGGGCUUCCUCCACUCCCUGCUCUACACGGCGUUGAUGUCUCGCCUUUCGUUCUGUGCCUCCCGGCAGAUCCCCCACUAUUUUUGCGACCUGCACCCCUUGAUUAAGCUCUCCUGCUCGGACACCUCGGCGAUUCAGAUGACGACCCUCACCGAGGGGACGGUGACCAUGGUGGGACCCUUCGCCGUCACCAUCCUCUCCUAUGCCCUCAUUUUCCACAAGGUCCUCAAGAUUCCCUCAGCGGCUGGGAAGCGCAAAGCCUUCUCGACCUGCGGUGCCCACCUGACCACGGUGGUUCUGUUUUUCGGCACUGUGAUUGCUGUGUAUGUCCGCCCCUCCGCCACGUAUUCUGGCACCAAGGUCCGGGUGAUGUCUGUGGCGUACACAGCUGUGACUCCCAUGCUCAACCCCUUCAUCUACAGCCUGAGGAACACGGAGAUCCAGCAGGCUCUGAGGAAGUGCCUAGGGGCCGUCUGA